GGGUGGGAGGCGAGCGGGGUGUGGCACCACUGGCCACUAGUAAACACGCCAGCAUGGUGGAGGUGGUCGACCAGGUUGUUCCAAACACCAAGAGAAAACGCUUCAAUAAAAACAAGAAGAAAGCAUGGAGAAAACGAACAAAUAUAACCGAUGUGGAGGACAAAUUAGAGGAAGAGAGGAGAGAGGAGAGAUACGGAGGUCCCCUGGAAGAAAAAUCGAGCAAUGAGUUACUGUUCCUGGAUGUUGGAGAUGAAGCUGCUGACCGGGAAGUUCAAGAUGAAAUGGGAAUUAAAGAUGAAGAUGUCAUCUUGGAAUACACUCUGGAUAAAGUACCCGGAGAUUCGGGGGGUUCUGGAAAAAAGAUUGUCGAGUUGAAGCCAAGUACUGGGAAACGUCGAAUAAAGUCUUUGAAGUCCCACCAAUUCCUUAAUGGCUUACAAGGAGCCAGGGCACCCCGCAAGCCAAGAGCAAAACGGGAAGUAUUAGCUAUAGCAAUGAAGAAAAAGCAGCAGUUAGAAGCAAAAGGUCCAACAGUAGCUAAGAAGUUUAAACAGGCCGUGAAACAAAUUGAAGCGGCUAAAGAGGAGGCCUCUAACAGACCCAAGUCUAUAAUAAAAAAUAAGUUCACCUUGGAUUUGUGGUCAGAAGGAGGUGAUGAUGUUACCCAAGAAUGCAAGAAGAAAGGUCUUGAAGAGUCUUUCAUUAAGGAUAUAUCUUUCUACUACAGAGCACAGAGAAAACUGCGACCAGUUAAGGUCCCCAAGAAUAGAUAUGUUAAACCGUCUAAACUUAAACCUGUGUUGCUUCCAGAAGCAGGAACUUCAUACAACCCUUCCUACAUUGACCAUCAAAAGCUAUUACAGAAAGCAGUUUCUCAGGAAGCGACGCAGCUAAGGAAAAUUGAGCGUAUAGAACGUGCAACUACCAGAAUGUUCCCCACAGUGGACAAGGCUCCUACAGCAGAAACAUGGCUUGAAGAAAUGUCGCAAGGUCUUCCGAAGGCUGGAGGCGAAGAGGAAGAGGAGGAGGUUGAGAUGGUGGUUGAAAAAGAAAAGUUGACUGUGACAAGCAAACCAAAGAACGAAAAGAAAACUAAGAAACAACGAAGGAAGGAGCAGAAACUAAAACUUGCUAAAUUAAAAAGACUGCAACAAAAGGAACAACGUGUUAGAAGCAGCAAUAUUUUCAGGGUGAAGACAUACCAGAAGGAGAUUGACCAGUCUGAAGAUUUAACAAAGAAACGCAUUCUUGGUCGCAGUGCCAGAAAAGAGCAGCUUAAAUCAAUGCCUCAUCGUCUUGGUAGACUAAGGUUUGAAGAGGAGGACAUAGCAGUAACCCUUGGAGAUGAGCUGCCUGACUGCCUGCGGCGGGCAGCUCCAGCUGUGGAUCUCAUAGAGGAGCGUUUUAAGAGCCUGCAGCGUAGAAACGUGAUUGAACCCAGACUUCCUCACAAAUUACAGAGGAAAUACAAGCUGAAGAAAACUGUGAAACGCAGUUACAAAGAAGAGUUUGCGAAGAUUGAAAAAAUGGUUGAUGAAUAAAGGUUCUACAUGUAUUGUGUACAUUUUUCCAUAUUCAGAGCAGGCAACUACAGUACAUUACAAGUACAGUAUUUUCUUCUUGCUUUUUGAAUGGCUCUACAAUGACAAGAAUAAUAAAGGUUUCUGAAUGGUGUGUA